AUGGACAUGGCGCGGUACGAGUCGUGCUACCGGCACUGGAUCGCCGGGCAGGAGGCGGGCCUCGCGGAGCUGGAGGCGGCGUCGGCCAAUGCCGCCGCGGGCCGGGCGACGGACGCCGAGCUGCGGGCCGUGGUGGAGCGGUGCAUCCUCGGGUACCAGGACUACGCCACCCGCAGGCGCGCGCUGUCGCGGGAGGACGGCGCCGCCUUCUUCGCCCCGCCCUGGUGCACCGCCUUCGAGAACUCCGUGCUCUGGCUCGGGGGCUGCCGCCCGUCGCUCACCGUCCGCCUGCUCUACAACCUCUCCGGGGAGGGCCUGGAGGCGCAGGUGGAGGAGCUGCUGGGCGGCCUCAGGCACGGCGUCGUCCCGACGGGAGCGCUGGGGAUCACGUCCGCGCAGCUGCUGCUCAUCAACGACCUCCACAUCCGGACGGUGCACCAGGAGAACGCCCUGUCGGAUCGCCUCGCCACCCUGCAGGAGGACGUCGCCGACCGCCCGCUCCUGCCCAUCGUGAGGCAGCGCGGCGAGCUCGCCGCGGCGGCGGCACGGCAGGGCGCGCGCGCUGCCCGCGGAACCUGCGACGGCGCGGUACGGCGGCUCGGGGCGGCCGGGCCAGGAGGCGGCGCGGACGCCGAGGCGGUGGACGCGGCGCUGGACAGCUACGAGGCCGCGCUGUCGCGGCUGCUAGUGGAGGCCGAUGAGCUGAGGAUGGCGACGGCGCGGGCGCUGGCGACGGAGAUCCUGACGCCGCGGCAAGCCGUGGAGAUGCUGGCGGCAAGCAAGCACCUGCACCUCUCCGUCCGCGACUGGACCCGCCGUAGGGAAGCAGCAGCUGGCGCACAGCAACAGCUUAACGGGCCGAGCGCCGGGACGGCCGGCAGCACCUCCGCCACCGUCCGCCGGAACCCAUGA